CUGGCGCUGCCAUGCGGGGCCCGACCCCGGCCGCGAGCGCCAGGGCGAAGGCGAGUGCGGGCGCGACCCCCGGCGCGGCGAGGCUGCCCCGGCGGAGGCGGCGGGCGCGGGGAGCGCUCUGAGCCGGGGAUGCGCCGCCGCCUCGGCCAUGGGCGCCGCCGCCUCCAGGAGGAGGGCGCUGAGGAGCGAGGCCAUGUCCUCGGUGGCGGCCAAAGUGCGGGCGGCCAGAGCCUUCGGAGAAUUCCUGUCCCAAAGUCACCCUGACAACCGCAACGGCUCAGACCACCUGCUGGCUGAUGCCUACUCUGGCCACGAUGGGUCCCCUGAAAUGCAGCCAGCCCCCCAGAACAAGCGCCGCCUCUCCCUGGUCUCCAACGGCCGCUACGAGAGCGGCCUGGUGGAAGAUGGCGUCAGCAGGCAGCCGGCCAGUGAGGGCCCCCAGCCCCGUGUGUACACCAUCUCCGGGGAGCCCACCCUGCUGCCCAGCCCCAAGGCUGAGGCCAUCGAGCUGACCGUGGUGCAGGGACGCAGGCCGCGGGAGCACCAUUCCCACCACCACAGUCAGCCCCUGCGCGCCAGCCCUGGCGGCAGCCCAGAGGCCACCAGCAGGCCCUGCCAGAGCUGGGCAGGCAGCCGCCAGGGCUCCAAGGAGUGUCCCGGCUGUGCCCAGCGGGCCCCCAGCCCCUCCCCACAGGCCUUUGGCCCUGACCAGCCCCCCCUGCCCGAGGAUGUCUCCGGCCGCCCCAAGAAGCUGGAACGGAUGUAUAGCGUGGAUCGAGUGUCCGACGAUGUCCCCAUCCGCACCUGGUUUCCCAAGGAGAACCUCUUCAGCUUCCACACGGCCACCACAACUAUGCAAGCGGUGUUCAGGGGUUACGCGGAGAGGAAGCGCCGCAAACGGGAGCACGAUUCGGCCUCCGUGAUCCAGAGGAACUUCCGCAAGCACUUGCGCAUGGUGGGCAGCCGGCGAGUGAAGGCGCAGACGUUUGCUGAGCGCAGAGAGCGGAGCUUCAGCAGGUCCUGGAGCGACCCCACCCCCAUGAAAGCUGACACUUCCCACGAUUCCCGAGACAGCAGCGACCUGCAGGGCUCACACUGCACGCUGGAGGAGGCCUUUGAGGACCUGGACUGGGAGGCUGAGAAGGGGCUGGAGGCCGUGGCCUGCAGCGCAGAGGGCUUUGUGCCCCCCAAAGUCAUGCUAAUCUCCUCUAAGGUGCCCAAAGCUGAGUACAUCCCGACCAUCAUCCGCAGGGAUGACCCGUCCAUCAUCCCCAUCCUCUAUGACCACGAGCAUGCGACCUUCGAGGACAUCCUGGAGGAGAUUGAAAAGAAGCUCAACACCUACCACAAGGGGGCGCGCAUCUGGAAGAUGCUCAUCUUCUGCCAGGGAGGCCCUGGGCACUUGUACCUGCUCAAGAACAAAGUGGCCACCUUCGCCAAAGUGGAAAAGGAAGAGGACAUGAUCCACUUCUGGAAACGGCUGAGCCGCCUGAUGAGCAAGGUGAACCCAGAGCCCAACGUCAUCCAUGUCAUGGGCUGCUACAUCCUGGGAAACCCCAACGGGGAGAAGCUGUUCCAGAACCUCAGAAGCCUCAUGACCCCGCAGAGGGUCACCUUCGAAUCCCCGCUGGAGCUGUCGGCGCAAGGGAAGGCCAUGAUCGAGACCUACUUCGACUUCCGGCUGUACCGCCUGUGGAAGGGCCGCCAGCACUCGAAGCUGCUGGACUUUGAUGGCGUUCUGUGAGGGGUUGGGCCGUCCCCGCACGGCUGCCCCUGGUGAUCCAGGCACCUGGGACUGGGCCGGCCCUCUCCCCAAGACCCUGCGGCCGAGGCUCCCACGGAGCCGCUUCAGGGACCCUCAGACACUGCUCAGGUUCUCAGACAGCCCUGGCGCCCAAGGGGGGCCCGCCUGCCUCGCCUGGAGGCUGGACGCACGUCCGUCCGAGGGGCUCAUAGAAAUAAGUGCAAUUCCCCCCCCACCCCAGCUGCAGGGGACACAGCCCCCAGAGUCGGCUAACCGCCCGCCCCGCCCUCCGAUCACCAGCACCAGGGUCAAUGUCUACCUGGUCUCACCGGCCGCUUCACCCCUCCCGCCCCUGCUCCCUCCCACCUCAGCCAGCACCGUGGCCAGGCUCAGGGGGUCUGGAGGGCUGGCAACAGCCGCUUCCCGGUGAGCUCCAAGCUGUCUUAUGUGGCUGCUGCCGAGUUCAGCCUUGGGCAGCAUUGAGGCCUGGCCCAGUGCCCUGGUGUCCAUCACGGGCUUGGGGGCAGGCCCCCCUUUGACAGAACCUGGGGUCCCGAGGGCACCCGGGCCGGAAACCGUGUACGACCCCCUUAAAGUGACCAUUAAACCUGACCCUGCGCUGCGGCCA